AGGACCCCAGAAGACUUCAAUAUCAGACGACUCCCAGCCCUUAACAUUUUCAACUAAUCCUCCCCUCCUUCCAUUGAUCAUACCCGGUUUCGCUACCUCUGCUUUAUUACUCCUGCAGACAUAACAAAGCCUUCAACGACUACCACAACAACCCUAGAUGUGGUAACGAAACCCGCCAUCAUGCUGGACGAAAACUUGACUGAAAAGAGAGCCGAUCCCCUCACCGGGGAGAAGGAAGAGAAUCCCAUCACCGGCGACACGGGUCCUGGUACAGGACUUAAGGAUCUCCUGCCUCUGCCCGCUGAAAAUGCCCAGGAUAUCCUGCAAUCCAAGAAGGCCUUUGACAAGUCAGCAGGCGGUCUUGAAGAUGGUCAUACGCUUUCCCAUGCCCUGGCCACCGAGGACCACAAGCUAAAGGGCGCCGCCCAGCUUGAGAGCGAAAAGGAGGUUCGCAACCUGGGCUGGAACGAACCCAAGCAGGAGAUUGCUGCCCCUCUGGUCGGCGGUAUUGACAAUGAGGAGCUAUGGCUGCUCGUCCGCCGCUUCAACAAGCAAAUCAUCCACAACAAGGCAGUGGUAACUCCCGUGCCCGGUGGCCUGGACCUCAACACGGCGGAGGAGGAAGAAUUCUCUCCCGACAAGAUGCGCGCUAACAUCGAGCGUCUCUACACCACCGUCGUAGUUGGCAUCCUCGCCGCCGUUAAGCACGUUGCUCGCCUCCGGUCCUGGCGCGAGAAGAAGCGAACAGCCUGGUUUGCCGGAGUCUACUUCGUCGCCUGGCUCUUUGACUUUAUCAUGCCCCUCAUCACCGGCGUGAUCAUUGCGCUCAUUGUCUAUCCCCCCACACGCGAGCUGCUCUUCCCGCCAGCACCCAUCGCCCUUGUUGACUCCAACACUGGUGGCGUGCAAAAGCCGUGGGCGGGCACCCUCGGUAGCAAGGACAGUGCUACUGGUGCCCCCGAGAAUCACAAGGGCGAGGCGGUUGAGCAGGAAGCUGAUAACUUGGUCAACGGACUCGCUGAGCUCGCUGUGAGCAGUGCUGCGGGUAAACAUCCUGCGGGAGAUGUCCAAGAUAAGACCAAGAAGCCCAUGGAGCUGGCCAUGUGGGCCAAGCUUCGACCCUUGAUGCAGGUGGUCGGUAACAUCAGUGACAACUAUGAGCGUCUCGCCAACGCCCUAUCCCCCACCCCUCCCUUCCCAAAGGACACCCACCGCCUUCGUCUAGCCACCCUCGUAAUCCCCCUCUUCGGCGCCUCCCUCUUUGUGACCUCCUACAUGUUCGUCAAAUCCCUCACCUUCUUCUUCGGCUUCGGCAUGUUCGGCGACCCCAUCAUCCGGCCCGGCAUGGAAUACCUCAACCGGAUCAUCCCCGACUGGCAAAAGCUUCUCGAGCUGCGCAACACCCUGCUCAAGGGCGUCCCCACCAACGCCCAGCUAACCCUCACCCUCCUACGCAUCGGCGAAGCCAACAAAGCGCCUCUGCCCCCUCCCCCGCGCGUAGUCGAGCAACCAGUCCAAGACCCAGCCAACGGCCCGGCAUCCCUCGACUCCGAAGCCCAAAUGCGCGCUGAGGGAGCCGCCUACCCACUUGAAGCUUCCCCCUCCGAGCUGGACGAAGCAGCGCACACCGAUCCCAAAGAUGGCCUGCGAGAGGCCGGCUUCGACGUCGACUCCCACUCCAAGAACAAGCAGACUAAGAAAUCCAACAAGGUGCUGGGGUGGAUCAAGAACGUCACUGCCGGCUUAGUCCACACGGGCGGAGCAACCGAUCACGUCCGCGCCAAGCUGGGCGCUCAUCACGCCAAGGACCGGCUGGGUGUAGUGCCCCCCAAGGACGAGAUCCCCGUCUCUGGCCCAGUCAAAUUCGAUUGUAGGUACAAUGGCAAGAAGGGACACGUCUACAUCAGCACGGCGGCGACGAUCCCCAGCGUGGCGUUUGUUGCUGGGAAGGAUGAGGGUAGUACCACGGUGAUUGCGGGCAAGGAGAGGGAAGACCUGAAGCCGGUGUGGACGGUUGCGGUGGCGGAUGUUACCGAGCUUAAAAAGGUGGGUGGGUAUGGAUGGAAGGCCAAGAUUGUGGUGGAUUGGAGUAUGGAGAGGGAGGUGAAGGAUGGGCUGGAGAUUGUCACGACGGAGGGGAAGAGGUUUAAGAUCACGGCUGUGCCGUUGAGGGAUGAAUUGUUUAAUCGGUUGGUGGCGAUGGGGGGGCAGAGGUGGGAGGCUUGGUAAGGUAGUGUAGUUUGUUUUAUUCCAUUUCUCGUUCGUUGCUUUGUAUGACGUAUUUGACGACGCGGAGGAGAAAGAAAGUGGAAGUGGUUGUUGUGGCCUUCCUUGUUUUUGUUCUUUCUGGACUGGACCGUGUAGUAAUACCAUGAUGAGUUUAUGAAUACCAAAUCUGACCUGCAAAAAACAACCAAUA